AAGCAAAAAAAAAAAAAAGUGCUGAAGCAUUGUAAUUGUUGAAUCAUAUGAUUUUUGACCAGAAAAUGGAUUGCAUAAUAAGUUGAGUCCCUCAUUUUACAAUUCUAGAAAAAAGUGAUUUAAUUGCAAUAGCCAGGGAGAAUAAAAAAGGAAUUCAUUUUCCUAAAUCUUAAUUUCCAGGAGAGUUCAAUAUUCAAACCCAGAAUCUGAUAGGGACAAUAAGAAACUGAUACUGAUUAUCUUGAAAGUGAAACUCAAGUGCUGGGGAGAUGUCAAGUAGGAGGCUCUACUCUUAUUAUGGAGAGUGUAUUUCAGUGAAGUGUGAGGAAGCAGAGAAGCACUUACAGAGGAAACCAAGAGCCCCUUUUCAUUGACGCUUGAGGCCCAAAGACCCUGGUUUCUUCAAAGCAGCUCCAAAUUCUAAGGUGGCUUCCAAAGUCCAACCUGCUGGGUUGAAACCUGACACUUGACAGACUCGGCAGGAGCUGCCACAGAAAGUGGAACCAGGAACCAGGAAAUGCAGGAGCCUCUUUACGUAGAAAAACAGCUGGGCUCCUUCGGAAUCAGAGCGCCAUGGGAAACUGGCUGUGCUGUGGGGGAAGCUGCAAAAGAAGAAAACUUCCACAAGGAGACAUAAAUCAGACAAAUAUGGUUGGCUGUGGUGACAGUUGGAAAUGUACGGGCAAGAAAAAAAAUGGGAAGAGCUGCCUAUCGCCUUUUCAGCGGAAAAAGAAGACGGGGAGCCAAGCAAGAUGGACACAGAAGCAAGAGCAGGCGCUGCAGCAGAAUGGUACAAAGGGCCGUGACACAGGACAUACCUACGAGGUGGUGUUAAAGCAGCCUGAGUGUCGAGGGAGGAGUCAAGACCUCAGUUCUGAGAGCAGCUUACAUUAUGCAGACAUUCAAGUGUGCAGUCGACCCCAGCCACACUCUGUCCAGCGCAUGAAGCACCAGCAGUCAAGAAACAGGACAGAAUAUGCUAUCCUUCGAUUCCCCCAGGCCAAACGCCACUAUGACAGCAAGAAUGGGACGCUAGUGUGAGCUCACAUGGGCAGGAGGGACCUGUCUCCACUGUUUCACCACUGCUGCUGUAGGGAGAAUCUACUGCUUUGGAGAACUGGAUGGGAGCCAGGGGAUGGUGGCUGGCUGCAUUUUAAGCUUAAAGAACUCAGGAGUCCUUAGAAUUAUGUGCUCCAAGCUUGCUUGCUUUCCUAAACCUGUAUUUUAUUUGUCCCUAUUCUUUAUCUUGGAGUUGUACUUGGAUUAGCCAGAGGGGGAUAGAGUCCCACAAAACGAGGGAGUUAGGUUGAAUGUGCGGGGGAGAUAGGUUUGAGACCCCUACCUUUGUUUUUGCUCUUAACAAAAGUGCAGAAAGAACAGGUUACACCUUAAACACUUGAAAUGGUCUUGGACUCAAUGGGCUCUCUUUCAUUUUAAUUCUAAAGCUGAGGAAGUGGCAUUCUGGAAAAGCAUUCUGAACUUUCAUACAAUGCCCCCUGUGCUGACGUGAGCAAUGUCCUCAGUGGCUAGGUCAUGGUCCCAAACCUAAACAGAAGAAAAGAGGCAUGGUGGACAUUUUCGAUCGUGGCAAGGGCUUUAGGUAACUGUUACAGCUCUGAGAGCCCCAAAAACACCCGUUGGUAGGGCUGUUGGCUUUCACCACUGCAGAGCCGCUAGGAUCAAUAAAUUGCAUAAGGAAUUG